AUGGCUGGUGUUGCAUUAGAAAUUCCAUCGAGUGGUUUUACAUUUGACAAUUGUAAAAGAAAUGAAGUGUUAUUAAGCAACGGUGUAUUACCUGGUAAAAUAAAAAAAACUGGAACAACUAUAGCUGCAAUGAAAUUUAAAGAUGGUGUUGUUAUUGCCGCUGAUAGUCGUUGUACAGCAGGAAAUAUUAUAUUUGAUGAUAAUGUAUUGAAAAUACAUCGACUGUCCGAUAAUAUCUAUGCACUUGGCGCUGGUACAUCGGCGGACUGUGAUUUUCAAACACGUAUGCUCGAAUCACAAUUGGAAUUAUUAAAACUGAAUACCGAUAGACCAGUUCGUGUGGCAGCUGCUGUUAGAAAAAUUCAACAACAUUUAUUUAGAUAUCAAGGUUAUAUAGGUGCAUAUUUAAUCAUUGUCGGUGUUGAUGUGACUGGUUCACACAUUGCUACUGUUCAUCCACAUGGAAGUAUUGCAUUUCUUCCGUUUAUUGCAUCAGGAUCUGGUGGUUACACAUCAUUAUCAGUUAUUGAAGAUCGUUUUAAACCAGAUAUGUCUGAAGAUGAUGCUAAAAAAUUGAUUCGUGAUGCUUUAUAUGCGUCGACAACGACAGAUUUAUUUUCUGGUUCUAAAAUUAAUAUGUAUGUGCUAACAAGAGAAAAAUUAGAGAAAUUUUUACCUUAUGAAAUUGUUGGCAUUCGUGGAGAAAAACAAGUUGAUUACACAAUUCCCAAGGGUACAACGCCUAUAUUAAGUCAGAAUGUUCGAAAAAUUGAGUUCGAUAUUGUUAAUGAAAAGAUAAAAGGAAUAAUUGUUCACAGAGAAGAAUUAAUUGGAAAAGUAUCAAUUGAUCAAGUUAAACGGGCAAUAACCGAAGAUACAACACCAAUGUCUAUUUAUAAUCAUGCCGAUCAAACAUACACAAAUCUUCAAUCAGAUAAUAGUCGUUUUAUGUGGUUUCAAUUAUAUAUUGAAAUUUUACUUCAUAUACAACAUACAAUAACAAUAAAAGAUGAACUAGUUAAUAUUUGUAAAGAAACUUAUAAAGAUAAUCGAACAGAAUUAAAUAUAAUCAUUGAAUUUGAACAUCAAUAUGUACCAUCCGAUGCCAUAAAAUGGUAUACAAGAGAAUGUUGUUUAUAUAAAUUACUUAAUAACGGAUUAAGUGUAAGAAAUAUUGAUAUGUUAUUUGCAUUUUGUUUUUUAAUUAAAGAUAUUUAUAAACAAUUAGAAACUAUAUACGAAAACACAAUAUCAACAGAUGAAUUAAAUCGAAUAAAAUCAACUAUUGGACAAUUUAUUUCAAUGAAUAGUUUUUUAUCUACAAGUCGUAAUCAAGAAGAAGCAUUAUUUUUUACUCGUUCAAUUACUAUAAGUGAAACUAUACAACGGAUUUUAUUUGAAAUUGAUGCUGAUACAAGUUUUAUUGCUAAACCGUUUGAUGAUAUAGUCAAUUUAAGCUAUAUUCGUCAAGAAGAAGAGGUCCUUUUCAUGUUGGAUUCAAUAUUUCGAAUCAAAAAUAUCAUUUAUGAUGAGAAUAAAAGUAUAUGGAUAAUAUCAUUGGUUUUGUGUAGUGACAAUGAUCAAGAUUUAAAAGAUAUAUUUGCUUAUAUGAAACAAGAGAUGGGAGAAGAAACUAGUCUAGUCUCAUUAGAAAAUCUUCCACGGAAAAUGGGAGAAUUUGAAAAAGCAGAAAACUAUUUUAAUCGUCUAUUAAAAGAAUUGCUAAUGGAUGAUCAAAAUAUUUCAUCCUAUUAUACUAGUCUAGAUCUCGUAGCUAAAGAAAAAUGUCUUGCAAAUAAUUUUAAUAAUAUUGAUGCUGUUUAUGAGGUUAAACGACAAUAUGAACCAGCAUUAAAGAACUAUCAUAAAGCUUUCAAAAUAUAUCGCAAUUCACUAGGACCAGAUGAUCUUCAGUUAGCAAAAUGUUAUAAUAACAUUGGUAACAUUGCACAAAAAAAAGAAAUACAUCAGUAUGAUAUGCCUAUAGCUUAUUUUACUAAAGCUUUAGAAAUUGCUAAAAAAAAUUUGCCUGAUGAACAUUUUGAUUUAGCAACACACUAUCAUAAUAUCGGUCUUGCUUAUUAUGACACUAAAAAAGUCUUUGCCAGUUAA